AACACUCGCUUAUGGGUAAAACAAGUUGAGUUUACUGACGUCUAUGAACGGAACUUUUUAACUGCGUGCGCCGCAAUAAUGGUUUGAUCCUGUUUUUGACCACCCCUGUCAGACAUUUUAAAUCAGCCCAGACCAAAGUGAAACUAAAAAGUUACUUUAGACGCUCCAUUUUGUUUUCAUAUGGAAGACAGAAAAACGACGGUCUCCAGAUGUAAAGUGGUGAUGAUUCUCCUCAGCAAGUCCUGGGAUUUCCUGUGAGGAGAGAUGACUGAAUCAUCACAAAAGCCCAACCUGGCAUCAACAAACAUGGAGGACCAGAUAGAGAUGGGGGGAUCUAGCUCUAACAGGAGGUCACACUCCCCAACCCCCACCUGUGUGUCCAUGAAGAGUGGCCAGUCCAUGGGUCGACCACUCAACUUUACAGGAGGAGACUCUUCUACUGGACAGAUGGGGGGAUUCAGCUCUAACAGGAGGUCACACUCCCCAACCCCCACCUGUGUGUCCAUGAAGAGUGACCAGUCCAUGCCUCGAUAUAUCAAGUUUACAGGAGGAGACUCUUCAACUGGACAGAUGGGGGGAUCUAGCUCUAACAGGAGGUCACACUCCCCUACACCCACCUGUGUGUCCAUGAAGAGUGACCAGUCCAUGCCUCAUUAUAUCAACUUUACAGGAGGAGACUCUUCAACUGGACAGAUGGGGGAAUCUAGCUCUAACAGGAGGUCACACUCCCCUACACCCACCUGUGUGUUCAUGAAGAGUGAUGAUUCCAUGUGGCGACCAAUCAACAUUACAGGAGGAGACUCUUCUACUGGACAGUAA